CCCAAUGCUCCUAAUACGACGUCGUUAGUAAAAGACCUAAAGUAUACACUCCUCUCCCGCCGCUUUCUUCUUCGGCCGGAAUCUGACGUCAGCAUAAAUUCGCGGUGGUUUUUACGUUGAAAGAUGGCAGCUUUGCAAGGUUACGGCUUGAUCUCCACGAACUCUCCCCUCCAUUUCCCUCGUACGCAUCAAUUCAAGAGAAAGAAUGCGAGAUGGGUCUCUCCAAUAGCAGCUGUAGUACCUAACUUCCAUCUCCCAAUGCGCAGUCUCGAGGAUAAAAACAGGACGAACACAGAAGACAUAAGGUCACUUAGAGUUAUCACAGCCAUCAAGACACCGUAUCUCCCCGACGGAAGAUUCGACCUCGAAGCAUACGACUACCUAGUCAACACGCAGAUAGAAAAAGGCGCUGAAGGUGUGAUCGUCGGUGGUACAACCGGUGAAGGCCAGUUGAUGAGCUGGGAUGAACACAUAAUGCUCAUAGGCCAUACCGUGAACUGUUUCGGCGCAAGAAUCAAAGUCAUUGGGAACACUGGAAGCAACUCCACCAGAGAAGCUAUACACGCAACUGAGCAAGGGUUCGCCGUUGGAAUGCACGCUGCUCUCCACAUAAACCCUUACUACGGCAAAACAUCUAUUGAAGGCAUGACUGCUCACUUUCAAACCGUUCUUCCCAUGGGACCGACGAUUAUAUACAAUGUGCCGGGAAGAACUAGUCAAGAUAUACCUCCACAUGUUAUCUUUAGGCUCUCUAGGAACGCUAACUUGGCUGGUGUUAAGGAAUGCGUGGGUAAUAACCGAGUUGAAGAGUAUACUGAGAAUGGUGUUGUUGUGUGGAGUGGUAACGAUGAUCAGUGCCAUGACUCUAGAUGGGAUCAUGGAGCUACUGGAGUUAUAUCGGUUACUAGCAACUUGGUUCCAGGUUUGAUGAGGAAGUUGAUGUUUGAAGGUAGAAACUCGGCGUUGAACGCACAGCUUCUGCCUUUGAUAGAUUGGGUGUUCCAAGAACCGAAUCCUAUUGGUGUUAACACAGCUUUGGCUCAGCUUGGAGUUGCGAGGCCGGUCUUUAGGUUACCUUAUGUGCCGUUGCCUAUGUCCAAAAGGGUUGAGUUUGUUAAACUUGUGAAGGAGAUUGGAAGAGAGCAUUUUGUAGGGGGGAGAGAUGUUCAGGUGCUUGAUGAUGAUGACUUCAUUUUAAUCGGUCGGUAUUAGAUGUCUAUUGGUUAUGUUCAUUUUUAGCUUAUGGAUCGUAUGGUUGCCCUGUUCUGUUUGCUAUUUUGUAAUGAAUCUGGUUUCUAUUUUUUUU